AUGCCUACCAUUAAUAUCGAGGGCAUGGAAGUGGCUCGGAAUUUAACCUUACUAGACCAGCAGCAUACUCGUGACGAUAGAUUGAAGACGGCUGUUAGUCAACGUGACACUGCAGGUGAGGCGCUUGAAGUGUAA